UUUAGUUAUUGUGUUUUCAAUUCUAAGCACGAUUUUGACUAUCAUCUGAAGAAGAAAUUAUCUCUGGCAGACCACUUUGGAAUGAAUCUCGAAUCAAUCGAACACCGCCUCGCUACAGUUUGGUCAAUUCCGCGUAACCUGCGCUCGAUGACCGCCCCUCCCAGAUCCGUACUGGGCAAGGAUUUCCUGUGUUUGGAGGGUGUACGAUUCGUCACGAUGUUCGUUGUUGUCAUAGUUCACGCCGCUCAAAUGUGGAUGAGAAUUCCGUUGCAAAAUCCGGAACUGUUUGAAGAAGCGUUCCAAAAUUCGAUUUUUGCAUCUGUGUGUCAAAUGACUACAAAUUUGGUGCAGCUGUUCUUCGCAAUCGGUGGAUUGCUAACGGCUGUAAAUUUGUUGGACUUUUUGGUAAAAAAUCCUGGCAGCAUUCUAAGUUGGCGGAAGGUGCUGUGGGACAAGGUGGUCAACCGGUUGAAGCGGAUCCUGCCAGUGUAUCUGUUCAUGAUUCUACUAGCAGCCACCCUAAUUAGGAGAAUCCCUCUUGGACCACUGUAUGAUCGGAUUGUGGGCGCUGAAUCGAGCAAUUGUCGCACGAAUUGGUGGAUCAAUUUGCUGUUUGUGAACAACUACGUCAAUGGAAAUGAUACGUGUCUACGAGCGAGUUGGUAUUUGAGUGCAGAUUUUCAGUACUAUCUGUUUGGAAUAUUUGCAUUGCUAAUGAUGACAAGGUUUUCGAAGACCACCAAGUACUGGAUCGGCUUCAUGGUGAUACUGAACUUUGCUGGGCCAGGCUUGGAGAUAUGGUUUAGACAGCUGCCUCCACUUUCAACCAACGCUAUUAGGUUUUCGGCUCCAACCUUUUUUGACGACGAAUGGAUGGAAAAAAUGUACAAGCCGUUCCAGACGAGUAGUGCCGGGUACUUUUACGGUAUCGUUGCAGGAAUGAUGUAUCACCAAAUCAAACAAUCUGGAAAGAUUCUCGAGAGUCAAAAGGUUCGCUCUGCAAUCGCAAUUUUAGCAAUAGUCGUUACAGUUGCCUGUUAUGCACCAGCGUAUCUCUUGUAUGAAGCAAACCUCAAGCCUCUUCCGUGGCCAAUGCCAAUCUACGGCUCUGUGGCCAAAAACAUAUGUAGCAUAGCGGCUGCCGUAGUGUUCGUCAAUGCGGCCCUCAAUGAAGAAGGCUCAUUUAGGAAUAUUAUGGAGCACACUUGCCUCGUACCGCUGGGAAAACUGAGCUACACGGUGUACCACAUAAAUUUUGUGCUUGUGACGGCGUUGGUCGUUGUCGUGCGGGAAACCAUAACACUUGAUGCAUCGAUGUUGAUUGGGAGCACGGUGGGCAUCUUGGUGCUUUCGUACGGGCUAGGACUGGUUCUGUUCCUGUUGGUCGAGCAACCCUUGGCUAAUCUGUUGGGAAGUAAAACAAACUACUUCCGGUUUGCUGGUAAAUUUUCAGUGAAAAAAGCGAAAGGCCUAUCUGGUUGUGCGAAUCGAAGGCAUAAAAGUAAAAAUGAAAAAAGGAUUGUGUCUGGAACAAAGAAGUGCCUUCUGUAUGGUUCGGGCGGUGGUGAAACCGAAUUCCUCGAAUGA